ACAUACAGGAUGCAGAGCACAGUGAUGACGUAUCACCAUGGCAACGCAUACCGCUCAACAUCACUUGAAUGAGAUUGUACCUGACACCGUUAAUUGUAAAGAGCGCCACCUGUUGUUUGGUUAUCGAUCAACAUUAUGCAGCAGAUAAUGCAGCGGUAGGCUAUAUAGGCCUGUACGUCAGCUUUGAAAAUGGAGUUGAGGCCAGACAGACAGGGGGCAUAGGACUGCAUAUUUGCUCUCAGUUGACAGAGUUUGAAGGUUCUACCAAGGAUGUCAACUGUGGAGCACAUACAGGAUGCAGAGCACAGUGAUGACGUAUCACCAUGGCAACGCAUACCGCUCAACAUCACUUGAAUGAGAUUGUACCUGACACCGUUAAUUGUAAAGAGCGCCACCUGUUGUUUGGUUAUCGAUCAACAUUAUGCAGCAGAUAAUGCAGCGGUAGGCUAUAUAGGCCUGUACGUCAGCUUUGAAAAUGGAGUUGAGGCCAGACAGACAGGGGGCAUAGGACUGCAUAUUUGCUCUCAGAGUUACUUCUACAACGACGAUAGGUUCAACUACAACUAUGCGCAGGCCAAAGCCACAGCAGGCAACUACAAGGAAGCACAGGAGAUUUUUGUGCUCAUUCAGAGUGAGAAGAUCAAGAAUGACUACACGUGUCUCUGGUUGGCAAGAUGCUAUGGCCAGUUCUACUAUGCGACCAAGGCUUUCGGUGUCCUGGAAAGAUUGGACCCCAAUCCUGAAUACUGGGAAGGCAAGCGAGGGGCGUGCGUGGGCGUAUUCCAGCAGAUCAUAGCUGGUCAUGAACCAAGAGAAACACUGCGAGACAUCCUCCAAAUCUUGCGCAACACCGGUAACCCGCAGGUGGAAUACAUCAUCUGUGUCAUGAAGAAGUGGGCCAAGGACAACAGGGCACCAGUUUCCUGAGGUGGUCCCUAUCCUAUAGUCUUGAGAUUGUUUAAAUGUGUACAUUCCAAAAACCCCUGCUUGCAAAGGGAUUUUCCAGAAAUAAAAUAAUGGAACGAUACUGUUGAUUAGGGGUGAUUUAAUUAUUCUUGA